UUGGGAACUUAAAAAAUUGUUGACCUCAUCUCACAAAAAAUUCAAACAAUAGUUCUUUCGAUCGUCAGCCUGAAAGGUUGACAAAUUCCAAUGUAUGUCACGCUGAGAUCAGCAAUUAACUCAUUUUACGAGUUGCAAUAUCGAAAUUUGUCAGUCAGUAUUCCAAUAUCUGUUCGUGAUCAACAUUCUAAAGAAAUGGAGAAGAAAGUAUUAAUUGCUUCGCUUAUAUUGUUUAUCGUAUCCCUCGCAUCAAGCGAGAGGAGUCUGAACACAUCGGACCUUAAGUGCAGAGGUCGUGUUUAUUAUAAUGUAACUAUGGCUGCGUAUUAUCCUGUGUUUGACAGUGACAAUGAAUCUGAUUACUUGGAUGCUAGAGCUAAGAAACUGAGGACUUUGCAGGACUUUCUUGAUGGACGGAAUGAAUUCGUGACUGUUUCAAUGGAUCUCGAUUCAGGGAUACCAUAUGGAACAAAAGUGUGCAUUCCUGAAUUGAAUGCAAAAUUUCAACGUCGAAUUCCUCUUGAGGUCAGGGACAGAAGUCACUAUGGGGACGUUAAAUCUAAAUUACCAGACUUCUCUCACGUUGAUAUUUGCGUAAGAACUGAAGAGGACACUUACGAUCAUUCCGUAAAUGGCGUCGUGUCGCUUUAUGUGUAACCGUAUGUUGUACUUAUUGAAUGUAAACAUCUAUCAAACCUUACACAAUUAGAAAAUUACACAAUUUUCUAUG